UUCUUCGGUCUCUGCUGAUGACUUUACUUCCAUUCGGAGCGGAAGCAGUGGGGCUUCUCCAGAGCGCAGUCUCUGGCUGCCGGUUCGCACGGAGGACAAAGUGAGCGCAUACUCGUGUGGCCGUAUGUUUGGCAUGUGAUAAACAGCUUUGUACAAAUAGGAAAAGGUGAUUGGCAAGUCGACCUGUAGCGGGGCUAAAGGAGCUCUGCGUCGGUCUCCCGCCGCGAAGUAGAUGGAGCGGCUGUGCGGACCGGACCUUCCCUUUUGGGAGGCCAAUCUGACGCUGCACUCGGAGCGACCUGACCUCCCUCAGUGUUUUCAGCUCACCGUGCUGUCAUGGCUGCCCUGUAUCUACCUGUGGGCCGCGUCCCCCUUCUACCUUUUAUAUCUUCACAGGAACAGAAGAGGCUACAUCAUGAUGUCUAUAAAGAACAGGGUCAAAACGGUAUUUGGCUUGUUACUAUGGGUGGUAUGCUGGGCGGACCUCUUUUACACAUUCCAUCAGCGGCAGGAGUACAGCCCGCCUCCCAUUUUUUAUGUCACUCCAUUGGUGCUCGGGAUGACCAUGUUACUGGCCACCUUCCUAAUACAGCUGGAGAGGUUACGCGGGGUGCAGUCAUCAGGAGUGCUGUUUAUCUUCUGGUUCUUGUCCGUGCUGUGUGCCAUAGUGCCUUUUCGAUCCAAGAUCCUGCAACUUUAUAGCCAGAGCGAGGAGAAAAGCGACGCGUUCCGGUUGAGCACGUUCUACCUCUACUUUGCCCUGAUUCUGUGCGAGCUCAUCCUCUGCUGCUUCAAUGAGAGACCACCACUCUUCUCCAACGUGGUUACAGACCCGAAUCCCUGCCCUGAGAACACUGCAGGCUUUUUGUCUACCAUGACAUUUUGGUGGUUUACCAGUAUGGCGAUUAAGGGCUACAAAAAUCCUCUGGAGGCCAAAGACCUGUGGUCCCUAAACCAGCGGGACAGCUCCAAAAACAUGGUCCCCAAAUUGCUCAAGGAGUGGGACAAGGAACUAGCCAAAGCUAAGAGCAGUGUACCAAAUGUGUCCAGUCAGGCCGUUUACUCCAAGCCUCCAGCGUCGAGCACCAAUCAUGUGGGAGGAGCAGCGGAGAGCAGCCCGGAGGAGGCUGAGGUGCUCCUAUCCAGCCAGAAAGUAGCACCUCGUCAGCCAUCCUUCCUCCGGGCGCUGGUCAGAGCCUUUGGGCCCUACUUUCUGAUCGGUUCUGCCUUCAAGCUCCUGCAGGAUGUCAUCACCUUUGUCAACCCACAGCUUUUGAGUAUGCUGAUCUCGUUCACCAAGCAGAGAGGUGUUCCUGACUGGUGGGGCUACGCUCUGGCUUUCCUCAUGUUUUUCACUGCAAUCCUCCAGACUCUCAUACUGCACCAGCACUUCCAGUAUUGCUUUGUGACAGGCAUGAAUGUACGCACAGCCAUCAUUGGAGCUAUUUACAGGAAGUCCCUGGCCAUAACCAACGCAGCCAAGCGCUCGUCCACUGUGGGGGAAGUGGUCAACCUGAUGUCAGUGGAUGCCCAGAGGUUCAUGGACCUGACCACGUUCCUCAACAUGGUGUGGUCGGCCCCUCUGCAGAUCAUGCUGGCUCUCUAUUUUCUUUGGCAGUACCUGGGUGCGUCUGUGCUGGCUGGAGUGGCAGUUAUGAUCCUCCUUAUCCCACUAAAUGCUUUCAUUGCCAUGAAGACCAGAGCCUACCAGGUGGAGCAGAUGCGGUACAAAGAUGAGCGCAUUAAACUGAUGAACGAGAUCCUGAAUGGGAUUAAGGUUCUGAAACUGUACGCCUGGGAGAAGUCCUUCAUAGAGAAAAUCUUAGCCAUUCGACAGAAGGAGCUCAACGUGCUGCGUAGGACCGCCUACCUGGGAGCGCUGUCCACCAUGGCAUGGACCAGCGCCCCUUUCCUGGUUGCCUUGACGACGUUCGCCGUUUACGUGACGGUGGAUGAGAGCCACGUAUUGGACGCGGAGAGAGCCUUUGUGUCCCUGUCUCUCUUUAAUAUUCUCCGGUUUCCUCUCAACAUGCUUCCCCAAGUCCUCAGCAGCAUGGUGCAGGCCAGCGUUUCACUGAAGAGGAUCCAAAGUUUCCUGAGUCACGACGAGCUGGAUCCAGAAUCUGUGGACAAAAAAGGCUCCGGUCCAGAGUUUGCUGCUACAGUCCUCAAUGGAAAAUUCACAUGGGACAAACAGGACUCACCAGUUCUGCACAACAUUAACAUGAUGGUGCCUCAGGGUUCUCUGCUGGCCGUGGUGGGUCAUGUGGGCUGUGGGAAGUCCUCGCUCAUCUCGGCUUUGCUCGGGGAGAUGGAGAAGCUGGAGGGAGAGGUGUCUGUGCGGGGGUCCGUGGCCUAUGUCCCACAGCAGGCCUGGAUACAGAACGCCACCCUGAGGGAUAAUAUCCUGUUUGGGAGGCCCUUCCAAGAGCCCAAGUACCGCUGUGUGCUGGAGGCCUGCGCACUCACCCCUGACCUGGAAGUACUGCCAGGAGGAGACAUGACUGAGAUAGGAGAGAAGGGCAUUAACCUGUCAGGGGGGCAGAGGCAGAGGGUGAGCCUGGCACGGGCCCUGUACAGUGAUGCGGACGUGUACUUGCUGGAUGACCCUCUGUCUGCGGUGGACGCUCAUGUGGCCAAACACAUCUUUGACCACCUCAUUGGACCAGAGGGGGUGCUCAAGGGCAAGACCCGUAUCCUGGUGACCCAUGGCAUCAGCUUCCUGCCUCAAGUGGACAACAUCAUGGUGAUGGUGGAGGGUGGUGUGUCGGAGAUGGGCUCGUACCAGGAGCUACUCAAACAGAACGGGGCCUUCGCAGAGUUUCUUCGCAACUACUCCCUGGAGGACAUCAUCGAGGAGGAGGCCAGCGAGGAUUUAAUAGAAGAGGAGGAACUGUUCCCUGAAGAUGCCCUGAGUAACCACACAGACAUCGUGGACAAUGAACCAACCAUCAAUGAAGCCAAGAGGAGUUUUUUACGGCAAAUCAGCAUCAUCUCAGCGGACAGUGAAGGCGCGCGGUGUCGCUCUGUGAAAAGACACGGCUGUAGUCAGAAGAAGCACGUAGAAGCUCAGGAGAAGAAACCUAAGGAGCUGGACAAACUAAUCCAGGCAGAGACCACCGAGACCGGCAAGGUGAAAGUGACAGUGUACCUGGAGUACGCCAAAGCUGUGGGCCUGGUACUGUCUGUGACCAUCUGCCUGCUGUACGGCUGCCAGAGCACGGCCGCCAUUGGAGCUAACAUCUGGCUCAGUGACUGGACCAACGACGCCAACGGCAACUACACACGGGAGCGCGUUCAAAUGAGGGUGGGGGUGUACGCCGCACUGGGCAUUGCACAAGGUUUGUUCUUGUUGGUAAACGGCCUGCUGUGCCGGGCCUACAGUAUGCUGCACGCAGCCAAAGUCACACACUGCAAGCUGCUGUGCGGGGUUCUGCGAGCCCCUCAGGCCUUCUUCGAGAGUACCCCCAUUGGGCGGUUACUCAACCGCUUCAGCAAGGACGUGGACGCUAUUGACUCUCACAUUCCAGACAAUAUAGACAUAUGGAUGCGCACUUUCUGGUACACUCUGACUGUGCUGCUCAUAUGCUGUGCCCUCACCCCAAUGUUCCUCCUAGUCAUAGCCCCGUUAACACUGUUCUAUUGGUGGGUUCAGAGAUUUUAUGUUGCCACAUCACGACAGCUAAAACGCUUGGAAUCGGUCAGCCGCUCUCCCAUUUACUCCCAUUUCUCGGAGACGGUGACGGGUUCUAGUGUAAUCCGCGCCUACGGCAGACAGUCUGCCUUUGUGCUGAUGAGCGAUAUCAAAGUGGACGAGAACCAAAAGAGUUACUACCCGGGUAUAGUGUCCAACAGGUGGUUGGGAGUGAGGAUUGAGUUCAUUGGGAACUGCAUCGUGCUGUUUGCUGCUCUGUUUGCCGUCACUGGGAAGGAGAACCUGAGCCCGGGUCUCGUGGGGCUGUCUGUGUCCUACGCUUUACAGGUGACCAUGUCUCUGAACUGGAUGGUGCGCAUGACCUCUGACCUGGAGAACAACAUUGUGGCAGUGGAAAGAGUGAAGGAGUACUCCGAGACACAGACUGAGGCGCCAUGGGAGAUCGAAGACAAGAAGCCGCCUCCUGAUUGGCCGCUGCAAGGGAAUGUGCAGUUCAAAGACUACAGCGUGAGAUACAGGGAGGGACUCGACCUGGUGCUCAAGAACCUCAGCCUGAGCGUCAAAGGAGGAGAGAAGAUUGGGAUAGUGGGUCGGACCGGAGCAGGAAAGUCCUCCAUGACCCUGUGCCUGUUCCGCCUGUUAGAGGCAGCAGGAGGAGAGAUCACCAUCGACGACGUGAAGAUAGCAGAGAUUGGCCUGCACGACCUACGCUCCAAACUCACCAUCAUCCCUCAGGAGCCUGUGCUGUUCUCGGGGACUCUGCGCAUGAAUUUGGACCCGUUUGACAAAUACAGUGAUGAGGAGGUGUGGAAGGCUCUGGAGCACGCCCACCUGCACAAGUUUGUGAGCAACCAGCCAGCUCAGUUGCAGCUGGAGUGUGCUGAGGGCGGGGAGAACCUCAGCGUGGGGCAGAGGCAGCUGGUGUGCCUGGCCCGCGCUCUCCUCAGGAAAACACGGAUCCUGAUCCUGGACGAGGCCACGGCUGCUAUCGACCUGGAGACGGACGACCUGAUCCAGUCCACUAUCCGCACGCAGUUUGACGAGUGCACUGUGUUCACCAUCGCCCACCGCCUCAACACCAUCAUGGACUACACCAGAGUGCUGGUGUUGGAUAAGGGAAAAAUCGCAGAGUUCGACACUCCAGCUAAUCUCAUGUCUCAGAGGGGAAUCUUCUACGGCAUGGCCAAAGACGCCGGACUGGCUCAGUAACGCACCUCUCUGCUCCCCUCAUGUGAUAGGACCAGACCAGGCCCUGGGCUUUCAGACUGGAGCACCUUAGACAGACCAAACUAAACAAAGUCACUAUGAAGCAGGCUAUCCACUGGUCCCGUGGUGGGCCUGUCACAAUAUUGAAAAUAACAUGAAAAUAACAUGAAAAAUGUUUGCCCCAGUACAGGUAUAUUGCAUAAGCAGCUCUUAGGGUCAAAAUGAGACGUCUGUGUUUGUUUUUUUUAUCAUUUGUGAACCAGGAAGUAAGACUGACGUUCUGUUAGCAUGCUAGUGGUUCUUUUACCAUUAUGUCACAUUUUUAAGGUACAGCACCAUUAACACAUCUGCAGACAAUACUGCAGCACCAUGGCACCAUUUUAAGUACUUACAAUUCAAAAUAUAAUACCUUCUUUUAAUUUUUAAUAUAUUAAAACUGUUUGCAGUUUACAGAUUUUGAGCAGAUGUUUUUUAUAAACCAGUUGGGAGAACAAGACCCAAAAUCUUAACUGUUGUACACUGGGAGAUUAUUACUUUUUUUUUUAAAGUGUUUUCAUCUUGUACGUCACAUAAUUCAAUGUCCAUAUAUUGAGUAAGUUGCUAUAGUAAAUAUUGUGACAGGCCUAACCCUGGUUUCUCUCUGGAGCUGCAUAGGAGAACUCAGCACAAAUUAGCAUAGAGACCUACCUCCACAGAACGUGACCUAGCCUCACAGCCCAGGGCCCAGAACGUCCUCCUCUCUCCAGCUUGGGCACUGGAGCUCGGGGAGGUCAGCUGUGGACCGUUCCAGACUUGGCUCCGGUGGCGUUACUCUGUCUGAACUCACGCUAGGAUUUCACACAUCAAGGACUGAGAGCUAAACAAGAGCAAGAGACAUCACAUAAGGCCUGGGCCAUAUGACACAAUCAGUUUUGAACUCUCAAUAAUCUAUCACAAGUUAGAUUUUUUUAAAUAUAAAUUUUCUUAAUAUUUGACUCACCCCAAGUUGUGUUCAGAAUGAUUCAUGUUUAAUCACUUACUUUCAAGUUGCCAUUUUGCCCAUCAAUCCUCAUUUUCACCGCUACCAGUAUGCGCCCACUGCUCUAUGAUUAUUUUGUUUUAAAUUUUUAUUUUCUAAAUCAGUGAUACGCAUAGGAUUCGGCAGCAUUGCGUAGUCAUUUUGGUACAAAUGAAGAAAAAAAUCUGUGGCUCACUAGUGUAAUGCGUAGCUGUCCAUCAAAGGGGCCAACAGCUACACGGCUUUGUUGUGAUGAUGCGUACGGCAACGUCAACUCCCAUUGGGCACCGUUGUCUUUUAACGCAGAAGUCUAGCGGAGUUGUUUCGUUUAUUAAGUUGUUUUAUAAUAAUAUUGUGAUUUAACAUGUCCAAAAUAUAACAUAAUGAUCCAUGGUGUUUGGGGAAAUAAGUUUUGUCCUAACGAGUCCUUGAGUUGUAAAGAAAGGGGAGAGACUCUGGAUGUCUGAGGCAGCACGUUAUUCCGCCAAAGUCUGACUCUGCUUCCUCACAAGGAGUUUAAUAGGACUAAGAAGGACAGCCUGGAAAGAAGCUGGCUGAGAUAAAAUGACAAGUGCAUACCACUUCUGUCAGACAAGUUUAACAUGAUCAGUUUCCUUGGUUAAGAAGGAUAAAUUCUGUCAUAGUUGUCAACAAUUAACUGGAGAUGUCCUCACUAAGACUAUGCAGGGGAUGCAGCACAUGGGUGUCAUAGGUAAUAACUGUAUAGCAGGCUUAAGCACAAUAGGUCUUCUUUAACAUAAACUACUUAAGAAGUUCAGGAAGUUACUCAAGCAUAAAAAAAAAUGUAAGGACAAACAAAAAAUUGGGUAUUUUUAAAAGAUAACACACAAAAAUGAGAAAAAACUAAAUCAUAUCUGAAGGAGCGGUGUAAGAAACAUAAGUUCAAGUUCAAAUCAUUUUGUAUUGUCCACAUGAAGCUUCUGUCACUACUUUCACUCACAGUGGGAAGAAUAACUAAAACUUUUACUCAAGUAAGAGUACUGUUACACUGCCAAAUAUAUUACUCAAACUGGAUUAAAAGUAUGGUCUGUAAACAUAACUCUGAGAAGCACAAUUUUAUUAAUACUCAAGUAAAUGUAACUUGAGUACUACGCGCCCAGUUUUGCCAUAAUGUCCGUUGCAGUGUUUAGCUCUCAGCUCUGGAUAAGUUGCGAUGUAGCACUGACCUGACCCGUAAAUCGACUUGAGUACUGGACAAAUCGUGAGCCAAGCCUGACCCUUAGUGCCUUUUGCCAGUGUGAUGAAGUAAGCCAGAAUGUAUCACUGACGUCUACUCUUUAUGCUGAAAACAAUUGCAACUUUUGUAUUUUAUGUUUUUCUACUCCAGAGAAUACUGUGCCACUGUACUACACUGAGCGUUUUGUGACACUCCCACUUAUUUUUCUACCAUUAUUUAAGUUAAAGGAAUGUCUCUGCUAGGGAAGUUUGCUAUAUGUUUUAUGUAAGAUUCUUUUGUGAAACAAUUCUUUAAAGACUUGAAUUGUCAGCCACCAAAAUAUGAAAUAUAACAAUGCCUUUAUUAAAAAAAUUGACUAUGA